CACAGCUUGCUAUGACACGGACGCCUGUGAAUCUCUGAGCUCCCAAUGUGUUGAUGUGGCAAGCUCCAGCUCUUGCGACGCUACAAACGCCAGCUUGUGUGGAUCAAAAUUCUGCACAUGCUGCAUUAAAACACCAUGCACACAAACUGACGAGUGUACCGGAUAUGGUGGCAAUUGCAGUAAGAUCUCAGCUGGAUGCUCGGGCACUUCCUAUGACGCAGGAUGCGCAGCUUCAACUUGCACUUGCUGCAUUGCUGAUACUUCUACUUGUGUCACACUACCUGCCUGCGGAGAUGCUGGCGGGUCGUGCAUUGCUCCUUCUGAAUCGGGCAACUGCACAGGUGUUCUCGACCCCAAUGGCUGCCUUGGAGACAGCUGCUCCUGUUGCAAGGGAGGUUGCGAUGAGACGAACAAGUGCACAGCUGCUGGAGGCUACUGCUUCCGAAAAGACGGUCCCCAUGUGUGCCCCGGGAAGGUCUUCAAAUUCUGUGGUCAUGCAAACUGUCGCUGUUGCGUGGAUACUCACGGACACGGACACGGACAUGGGCAUGGGCAUGGGCACGGGCAUGGGCAUGGGCACGGGCAAGGUAAUGGGAACAAUAAAGGGAACGGGAAUGAGAAUGGGAAUGGUCGGUAAUGGAGAGGAUUCAAACGAAAGUGGCUAACCCUUGCAACCAGAUGGGUGAGAACUGGCGUUGUCCCCUGCUAGACUGAGAACCAUUAAUUAUGAUUACUAAUUUGACUGAAAACAUUCUUUUCAUCCUAAUUAUACAUUGAAGAAUCUUAAAUUGAAAACUUAUGUUAUUUCUUAAAUAUGUUUUAUGAUUAUUCUGCAAAUAAAUUU